AUGGUUCAUUCCACGCCCAACCAGCGAGAAGCAAUAAGGGAGCUAGAGCAACUAUUUUGUCUUGACCAAAAUGUUUUGAAAGAUAUAGUCAACUCUUUCCGAAAUGAACUAACUGCUGGUUUAGCAGACGACAGAACAAGUGAUUUAAACAUGAUUCCUACUUAUGUCACGGGCUAUCCCACUGGUAAUGAAAAGGGCACCUAUCUUGCCUUAGAAAUAGCAGGAAUGGAUAUAUACGCAUGUCAAGUGCGGCUAAAGGGCGACAAUGGAAAAUUAGCUAUUAAUCAAUUUCAAUACAAAAUACCCCAAGAUUUAGCUAGUGGAGAUGAUUUUGCAGUACUCAUUGAUUAUAUUGUCGAAUGUAUAUCAGAUUUUUUAACUCGGGUUGGCACUCAAGACCUAUUCAUAUAUCCAAUGGCAGUUUCAUUUGGAUUCGCCAUAAAACAAACACGUCUCAACACAGGUCGAAUAUUAUCACUGGGAUAUGGCCUUAGCUAUCCUAAUGGUGUCGGCGUAGACAUUGUUGAAUUGAUGCAUGAACGUAUGCGUAGAAAAGGAUUACCUAUAAAAAUAGUGGCAAUCGCCAAUGAUUCUGUUUGCACUCUACUAGCACACGCUUAUCAACACCCAACCACUCGCAUAGGUAUCGUUCAUAGCCUGGGGACGAACUGUGCCUACUAUGAGCCUGUAAAGAAUGUGACGAAGCUUAGAGAUCAAAGUAUAACAAAGGACACAGAUAUGAUAAUGAAUACAGAAUGGUGUAAUUUUGGAUCAUCAAAACGUACUUUACCAUGCACUUGGUUUGAUCGAAAGUUAUCUAGAGAAUCUAUCAAUCCACAGUUUCAUGUGUUUGAAAAGAUGACGACGGGCAUCUUCUUGGGUGAAUUAGUAAGAAAUAUCAUCAUAUAUCUUGUGGAUCGAGAUGUCUUAUUUGGCGGAGAGUCGUCAGAAGUGCUCAAUACAGUGCAUAGCUUUGACACGAGCUACAUGUAUGUUUGUGAAGCAGAUGAUUCUGAUAGUCUAGAAGACACUCGAAUCAUUCUAGAAGAUAUGCUCGAUUUAUCAAAGACGACGAUGGGUGAUAGAGAAGUCGUGAAAAAAGUGUGUGAGUUGGUUGGCAUGAGAGCAGCUCAAUUAGUGGGGGCAUCCAUUGCGGCUAUAGUGCAGCAUAUGGUAGAAAGAGGAAUAGGCAUGACUGAUCAAGGUUACGCAAUUUCUAUAAGUGGUAGCAUAUACGAAGAUUACCCUUCCUUUCAUCCGCGUGUGUGUAGAACGAUUAAAGAACUUAUACCUGAAGAAAUAGCUUGUAAAUUGUCAGUAGGCGUUGUGAAACACUCACGAAUCGUCGGUGCAGCUAUUGUUGCUAUGAUGGCCGAAAAAAUUGCUGCUGACAAACGAAGUCGUUCAUAA